CUUAUUAACUCACCCUGACUGGGACACUACCUUUGCCCCGAAUGAUUUCUCUGCUCUUACAUCAAGCUGUAGACAGCCUUUUACAAAAUAUAUAUUCAAAAUUAAGAAGCCUUUAUUUACAAUGGCCCACAAUUUGAUCCAGGAACUGCAGAAGCAGCAGCAGGACUCACUGGAUCCUCCGGCAGAGUCUUCAGCCAUUGAUUCGGAUCUCAAGUCCAACUUUUCGACCCAUUCGCUCAUCAAUGAUAUCAUUGGUGAAUCUUUGGACUCCCUUGGUGAUCCAUUGGUUGCUCCGGAAGAGAAGUCUAAGAAGUCAUCUUCAAGGAUUUCCUUUCGAACUCUGGCUCGUUUGGUAUUGGUCCUGAAUAGAGCUCUCAAGGAGGCAAUUCCCGAGGAUGCUGACUUGGAUUAUUGGCGCAAUUUGGCCCAGACUCGUGGAGAUAGAAGCUGCCGCUACUAUCAAGUUAUUGAAAUACAACGCAAGCGAAUCCUAACUCUGGAGAAUGAUUUGCGAACUUUAAUUGGUUUGGCUCGCGAGACCAGGGAAAUGCUGGCCGAGAUUGCUGAGGAAAAGCAGGCCAACCAGGAUCGUGGCGAUGGAGAAUUUACCUUUUAAAUUUUCAUUAAAGAAGAACUGCUAUUUUCAAUAAUGUUAUUAAUCACACUCUUGCAACAAAUGGAAUACGCUGAUAUCAUUUGAACAAUAAACUUUAUGUGCAUUCUAA